AUGAGGAGGGCCUCCCGACGCAAUAGCAGCCCUCAACCCAGAGAGGCCGUUGAUGCUGGAGCGGAUGGUGAUGAUGUUGGGGGAGGGGGCAGGGGGCUCAGAGGCAGACUGUCCCGAAUGGGCAGUAGACACCGGGACAAUCCGCGAGCUCAGGCCCAACCGGAGAGGCCAGAAGCACCUGAGCCUGUGCAACAAGGUGUCAGACCCUCUUAUCCUGCUCCUGCUCCUCCACCCACCCCUCUGCCUCCACCCAUGUCAACUUUACCCAAACGGCCUGAUAAAUCCGUCAAGCCCAAACUUCCUCCAAGGCCGCUGUCCAAAGUCUUCAUCAGCAAAGAUCAUGAGUCAGACGUGUUGCAGGGUCUGGACUCGUUUCGGGUCAGCGAUGUCCUUUGUGAUGUGGUUCUGAUUCCUGGAGACAGUAAUGAAAAAUUCCCAGUUCACAGAGUUAUCAUGGCCUCGUCCAGUGACUACUUCAAGGCCAUGUUCACAGGAAACCUCAUUCACAUCUCACAGGCCGAGGAGGAUGGAGGGGACUUUCUGAUGCGCACAGAUGCUGCUUGUGUGAACCUGCUCCUGGAGGCCAGUAACUACCAGAUGAUGCCAUACAUGCAGCCGGCCCUGCAGACCGAGCGGACCCAGAUACGGUCUGACUCCACCCACAUCCUAGCACUGGGUGGAGUCAUGAGGCAGCAGCUGGUGGUCAGCCGUGAGCUCAGACUGUACGAUGAGAAGACGGGACAUUGGAGAGCACUCGAGCCAAUGGAGUCCCCCCGAUACCAGCAUGGAGUGGCUCUGCUUGGGGGGUUUCUGUUCAUCGUUGGAGGGCAGAGUACUUAUGACACCAAGGGUAAAACUGCUAUCGACAGUGCAUACCGCUAUGACCCACGAUUUAACAAGUGGUUGCAGAUUGCUUCACUCAACGAAAAGAGGACCUUCUUCCAUCUGAGCGCUCUCAAAGGGAAACUGUACGCAGUGGGGGGACGAAAUGCUACAGGAGAGAUUGACACAGUUGAAUGCUACAACCUGAAAAAGAAUGAAUGGACCUUUGUGACCAACAUGCUGGAGCCGCACUAUGGACAUGCCGGGACCGUCCAUGGGGAUCUCAUGUACAUCUCAGGUGGCAUCACACGUGACACAUUUCAAAAGGAGCUCUGGAGUUACAACCCCGGCUCGGACACGUGGACUCGGAGGGCGGACAUGAUUGAUCUGCGUGGCCUUCACUGCAUGUGCACCGUGGGGGACCGGCUCUACGUGAUGGGGGGAAACCACUUCAGAGGGUGCAGUGACUACGACGACGUCCUGAGUUGCGAAUACUACAGCCCCGCUACAGACCAGUGGACCGUGGUCGCGCCCAUGCCCCGCGGACAAAGUGACGUGGGGGUGACGGUGUUUAACGGACAGGUGUAUGUGGUGGGGGGGUAUUCCUGGAACAGCCGCUGCAUGGUAGACAUAGUGCAGAGGUAUGAUCCCGAAAAAGACGUUUGGGACAGAGUUUUUAAUGUGCUGGAGCCACUAGGGGGGAUCAGGGCCUGUACAAUGACUGUGCACCUGCCAGAGGGGUCAGUGGACGAGGUGGAGAUACAAGAGGGUCCGCUGCACCCCUCAUGCUGCUGAUGGAGAACUUUGGGGGUGUGUGAAGCGAGGAAUGGCAGUAUUGACAAAAUUAAUAUAUUGAUGUAAAUGUAAUCAGAUUAUAUUUUUGUAAUUCAUCAGAAAUGUGCUCAAAACUCAAACACCUUAAAAAUGUCUUGGUUGAGGUUCAAAUGUUGCACAAAUGGGAAUGGGCUCAAAAAUUGUUACAAAAAGAGCACAAUUGUUACCAAAAGUGUGGAUUUCAAUGUGGUGAGAAAUUAUAACUGUUUUUGAUAACUGUUGCCAUAGCAAUUAACAAUUUAAAACUAAUUAUGUAUUUGGAAUUGAAAAAAAUCCUCAAAAUACAGGAAGCUAAAACCCAUGAAUACCCAACUGGAGUAUGACAUUACAAGUUUAUGUUCUUUGUUAAUCAGCUUUUUUCAGGUCUUGUAGAUCAUAAAAACAAUUAUUGUGAUAAUAUACAAUAUAUUGCUCCAUGUGUUCCACUGUGUGAAACUAUUGUCUGACAAAAGUGUAUCACUGUAAGCAGUUAAAUGAAGUCAAACAGGAAGUCUGUGGGUUCACUAGGUGUGAACAUGCACUCUGCAGCUGUGUGCAAUGACUACAAACAAGGUGCCUUAAUGCAAAUAUUUAACCGUGCAUCCCAGAUAUUCCAUAUGUAGGUAACACAUUUACUAAGAAAAGAAUUGGCCAAGAAACUUCCCCAUGAAAAAUCAGUCAAAUUGCGUUUGAUAGUAAAGAUAAAGUUAACCAAAGCAGAUAACCCAGCAGACAUAGAUCUUUAUUCUUCCUAAUUGUUGUAAAGCAUUCUGUGAGAUAAAAGAGAGGACGCCACAACAUUGUUAAAACUGACUGACUUAAAGUGCACUUAUAAAAACGUGCUAUAUUCUUAUGCAUAUUUUACAAGGCAAACAGUAUUGUGGUCAAAUAAUGAUUUUUGACUUUACUGCUGACAUAUCUUGAUUUUUAAAUAACAAAACAUAUUCUUCACAAAUAAAAUAUGCAUAAAAUUAAAAAUAAAUACUUUGCCAUGUCUACUAAUUUAAACAUUGACUUUAUUAGUCAUACAACCUUGUGAUUUCAACCUUCAAACUUCAGAUAAAACCAAGGACUACAAUUUAAAGGGGUAGCACAGUAAAGAGUUUGCAAAACAAUUUAGACUAAGUUUUGAAUUGCAUUACAGCCUCCAGGAAACAACUGUCUGUAACUUAAGAGCAACAAAAAGACCGUGUCCAAAAGCACUAAAAUGAAAUUAUGCUUUGAAUCACUGGAGGAACCAGACUG